AUGAUAAGGAACGAAGACCGGAGGUGUAAAGCCGAAGGAACGCGGGGAAGCGAAGGGGGGGUGGAGAAAGCAAAAAUCAACGGGAACUCUGAGGAAACUAUGGAGGAGGGGCCGGCCGGAGCAGACGUGCCAACUAGGGAAAGAAGCCGCGAGGAGAAGGCCGGAAAGCCACGCAGCCGCACACUGCAACCGCCCCCGCAACCGCUCAGUCUCGCUUUAGCGUUUGGCUCACUUGCACGAGCGCUUUCCAAUCGCCUCCUUCCAGUCUCCUCGCAGCCGGUCAUACCGGAGGGCGCUCCCUGCCCUGCAGCUGUAGGAAGAAAUCGGUCGGCGGCUCGCGCGCUGGGGCCGUGCGUGACGCGUGGCGCAACACCCAUUCCGGCCGACAGGCCCGCGGCGUGGUGUCUUUUUUCUUUACGGAUGUGCCAGUCCAUGUUCACGCACGUUAAGUACCUGGCGCCGGGGGGUCCGUCUCAAGCGGAGGCGAUGGCAGCCGCUCUGCGCGCUACUUUCCGUGGGCGCAUGCCACCGGUCUGCGGCUGA